UCUUGAAUGAACAGUUUGGAAUUACGAGGUGACCAAGGCGCGAUGUUGCAGGCUGAAACGGAGCCCAAACUCUACACGUGCGGCAGGGUCUCGGGUGGCGUUUCCGCGCACGUACUAUGUGCGGUGUUCACGGCGACGGUGGCGGUCCUGUCGAAGCCUGGCUCCAGUUUGUUUUCCUGGCACCCGUUCCUCAUGACCCUCGCGUUCUCUUUUAUUAUGACCGAGGCGAUUCUGCUCUUCUCUACACACUCGUCACUCUUCAGAAAGGCGAAGCACCAGACGAAAGCACGUCUUCACUGGAUCCUGCAGUCGCUCUCUGCCUCUUGCGCUGUCUUCGGCUUUGGGGCUAUCGUUUACAACAAACACGUCCACGGCAAACCGCACUUCACCUCUUGGCAUGGACUGAUCGGUGUGAUAACGGUGUGUGUCGCGGUGCUUCAGUCGGUGGGAGGGCUGGCGAUUUUGUACCCCAAACUUGCUAAAGGGUGGUCCCUAGCAAAGCUGAAACGGUCCCAUGCCGCAUUCGGACUGGUCGCGUAUCUGCUGGGCAGCGCCAGCGUCGUGCUGGGCACCAGUUCCGCGUGGUUCACCGGCAGGGUGACUGGAUACGCCUGGUACAUGAUGGCUUUUUGCCCAGCGCUCGGCGCCCUUGUGGUCAUGAGCCAAGUUACUAACGCCUACAUGGCAAAGAAACGAUUGCAAUCUUAAUACUUAAGGUUAACUGGGAACAUUUAAUAACAAUGUAUUAUUUCCUUUAGAACCCUUUGGUAGUUUAAAAUGAGUUAAAAUAAAAAGAGGCAUGAAGUCCAAGUGCAACUUGAACAAAAGCUAGUGUAAACAUAUCAGCGCUUGAUAUGUUUGCUAAUAAUUGCAGUAAUAUUCAUGGUAGCCAAGUACACUUACUGUAUAAUGUAACUUGGCAGAAUUAAUGCUCCCGUUGGAUGUCUUGCUCUUGUGCAAAAAAAAGAUUUAAUGCAUCUUUUCUAAUAUACAAGACUGUCAAUGGUUGUUUAUUUGGCAAGUGUUUUCUAAAUGUAUUUAUUGCACUUCCUUGGGUGCAUUGCAUAUUUAAUUAAUAGUUUCUGUUGAUGCAGCAGUCAAAACUGGCAGCAUUUCCUAAGGGUUCUGUUUUGUACAACAGUAACCCUGUUCUCGCUGUAGAAUCAUACAAUUCAUAUCCCCCCCCCCCCCCCUUACAUGUAGUGUGACUUAAAUGUAAAGACAUUAUAAAUACAGCAAGAAAGUUUGAAUUUAUUUUCUGUUAAAACAACAUUAAAUAAAUACAAUGUCAUUUUAA